AUGUUGCCGAUGAUCUGCAACGAUGGCAAUAGCGAUACGCCAUACGUUGGCGAUGACGAUAGGAAGGUAGAAGUCGAGAUUACCAUCAAAGACAGCGAUUUCAUGAAUAUCGCUGCAGGAAAGCUUAAGGCCGAUCAGGCAUUCAUGCAAGGAAAAAUGAAACUUAAAGGAAAUAUCGCCAAGUCAAUGAAGUUGAAAACACUCCUGGACCCAAAAAUGCUCAAAGCCAAAAUCUGA